GAGGCGAGGCUUGUUAGCAACAGUUGGCGGGAAGGGCGGGCGCCAUAGUGACGGUCGUCCUGGAGACGGCUCUCCUUGCCAACGGGAAGCCCCCGUUUGGAGGAAGGAAGGAAGGAAAGAAGCAGGCGAGGAGAAGGAGAGAGAGGCCACGGAGAGGAGAGGAUGCAGGCAUCCGAAGGUCUCUCCAGCCCAUCGGCCAUUGUCUCCCUGCGAUCAUCCUCAGUUCAGGCCCCGGUGGUCCAGCCGGUCCCCGCCUCCCAACAGAGAGCCUUGACCGUCGGUCCCAAAGGCCUUCUUCCCAUACAGGCACCGGCUGCUCCCCGCCUCCAGCAGGUCCAGGCAGUGCUGCAUCAUCACCACCACCAUCAUCAUCCCUUCCCAGCACAGAUCCAGUUCCUUGAAGAAGGAGAGGCAGCCCUUUAUCCCAAUGGAACAAUUGCCUCCGAGGGGCCCGCCUUUGCCCAGCCACCUCCAGGCUCCGCCCCCUUCUUCUUCCAGCCACAAGGGGGCCGCAGGGGGGCCUCCCCCUCUCCUUCUCCUUCUUCUUCUUCACAGCUGGAAACGACCAUGGAAAGCCUGCAGAAAAGCCCAGGCCUGGCACUGCCGCCCCGCAAAAGCAGCGCUCUGAACAGCCACCUGCAGUGGCUGCUGGACAACUAUGAGGCGGCCGAAGGGGUCAGCCUGCCCCGUAGUGCCCUCUACGGCCACUACUUGCGCCACUGCCAGGACCAGCGGAUGCCCAGCAUGGAGCCCCUCAACGCUGCCUCCUUCGGGAAGCUCAUCCGCUCUGUCUUCCUGGGACUCCGAACACGCAGGCUCGGCACCCGGGGCAACUCCAAGUACCACUAUUAUGGCAUCCGCCUGAAGCCUGGCUCCCCGCUCAGCCGCCGCCUGCAGCAAGAAGAGGAAGCGGAGGAACCCCAGCCCUCUGCCCUACGGCAGCAACAGCAGAAGCAGCACCCAAAGUGCAGGCCUGUCUCCCAAAAGCCAGACGGCGACACGGAGGAUGUUGCUUCCCAGAGCCAGCAUCACCAGCAGUUCAUCGACGUGACCCGUGUCCUUCCCGAAUUCCCAACCCUUGACCUGGAAGCACUUGGACUGAGCGAUGUGGUGCAGCCGAAUGACGCCAAGGCCUUGGAGAUCCUCUACCGACGGCACUGUGAGGCCAAUGUGGACGUAGUCAAGAGCCUCCAGUUCGCCUAUAUAGAGAAGCUCUGGCAGUCCUUUUGGAACUCAGAGGCCCUGUCCAGUGAUGACGAUGAUGCCACCAGCCUUCCCUUCCUCCCCCGGUCCAGACUGAUCGCCUUGUGCCGCUUGGGCCCCGUUGCGUCCUGGAUGCGGAGCUGUGACCGCCUCCUGUUCCAGACUCUCUUGGAGACCCUCGUCCCCGACGUCCUGCGCCCCGUCCCCGGGACACUGACGCAAUCCAUCCGCAACUUCGCCAAGGGCCUGGAAGGCCUGUUGGCCAAUGCCAUGAAUGACUUCCCGCAACAAAUUGUCCAGACGAAACUGGGGGUGGUGAGUGCCUUUGCGCAGACACUGCGCCGCUACACCUCCCUCAACCACUUGGCGCAAGCGGCACGGGCUGUGCUACAGAACCCUUCCCAGACCAGCCAGAUGCUUAGUGACCUCAACCGGGUGGACUUCGCCAAUGUACAGGAGCAAGCCGGCUGGGUCUGCCAGUGCCCCGAGGAGGAGGAGGGCCUGGUGCAGCGCCUGGAACGGGACUUCAAGCGCGCCCUCCAGCAGCAAAGCUCCCUGGAGCAGUGGGCCCAGUGGCUGGAGAGAGCCCUUGACCAGGCCCUCGGGCCCCACCAAGGUGGGCCCCACCUCCCCACCGCCGCACGCCACUUCCUGCUCCAGUGGUCCUUCUACAGCUCCAUGGUGAUCCGGGACCUGACCCUCCGUAGCGCCGCCAGCUUCGGCUCCUUCCACCUCAUCCGCCUGCUUUACGACGAAUACAUGUUCUACCUGGUGGAGCACUGUGUGGCCCGUGCCGCCGGGGAGACCCCCAUUGCCCUCAUGGCCGAGGUUGGCGACCUCACCUCCAUGUCUACUCAUCUCCUGGAGAAAGAUGACUUGGAGCCUCCCGUGAAGCGGGAACGCAAUGAAGAUGACCCGGAACUCUCCUUGUAGCAAGCGCUCUAGAACCGGACUCUGCAGGACGGAAGCCGGGACCUUUUGCAAUGCACGGGACUCUUUUGGGACCGUGCAAAAUCAGGUUCAGAGACUACACUGUGACCCGAAUGGAUCCCUUUGCAAUCUGAUUGCAGCGCUGCAUUUUUUGAUUUGCCAAAUAAACCAGCCUUUCUUUCCCAA